ACAAGCCUCUCUUCUCACAAAGCACAGUCUCAUCAUCAAGAUGGCGUUGGCUCCAAGAUUUGCAGGCGCCAAGCUCGUCGCUGGCUCCAAAGCACAAGCGCUGCAUACCAUAGAAUUCUUCCUCGAUUACGUCUGCCCCUUCUCGAAGAAGCAGUUUGACACAUUCUACAAUGAUGUCGUUCCCGUGAUCCAGCAGAAGUAUGCAGGGAAGGUCGAAGUUGUGUUCCGCCAGCAGAUCCAGCCAUGGCACCCGGCUUCCACUCUGGUCCACGAGGCUGGCGUAGCUGUUCUCCAGCAGAAUGCCGACAAGUUCUGGGACUUCAGCAAGGCACUCUUCGGAAAGCAGACCGAGUACUUCGACGAAAGCCUGGUCAACGAGGCCAGAAACGACACGUACAAAAGACUUGCCCAACUCGCCGGCAGCGUCGGCCUCGACGAGCAAGACAUCUACGGGCGUUUAGAGAUCACUGCCGGUCCUGGAAAGAAUACUGGCAACGGCGUGACCAACGAUCUGAAGCUCUUGAUCAAGCACAAUCGGCUUCAAGGCAACCACGUCACCCCAACAGUCUUCUUCAAUGGUUAUCCCGAUGGUGCUAUCUCCAGUAGCUUCAGCAAGGGUGAUUGGGAGAAGUGGCUCGAGAAGAAUAUUGUGUGAGCAUCUCCGCCAAUGCGUCCGAAGAUGUUACGAAGGUUGUCAUUGUAGACGAUUAUAUAGAAGGGAAGGCUAACUAUAGGAGGCAGCCGUGCCCUCGAUUAGUUAGCUUAUCCUAUGCCGUUCCUUCCUAUUG